AUGGAUCUUAUUGAAGUCUCCAAUCUUUCCUACACAUUUUCACCAGAAUUUCCAUUGAGCCUUGAUCAUGUAUCAAUAAAUCUUCCUCGAGGAUCUAGGACACUGCUUGUUGGUGCGAAUGGUGCCGGUAAAUCAACUUUAUUGCGUCUUUUAGCUGGAAAGUCUCUAGCAAAGGCCGGAAAUGUGUCAGUAUUUGGCAAUGAUCCUUUUCGAGAAUCCAAAAGUACUGUUGUGCAUCUCGGAACAGAAUGGGUCAAUAAUCCAGUCGUUCACCGAGAUAUGAUAGUUGCUCGACUCAUUGCAUCUGUCGGUGGUGAUGUAUUUCCUGAACGCCGCGAUAUGCUGAUUUCCAUCCUAGACAUUGAUCUUCGAUGGAGAAUGCAUGCAAUAUCCGAUGGUGAACGACGUCGUGUCCAGCUUUGCAUGGGACUUUUAAGACCGUUCGACCUCCUUUUGUUGGAUGAAGUUACUGUUGAUCUCGACGUACUUGCUCGUUCUGAUCUUCUGUCAUUCCUUUCCUCAGAAACUGAAACGAGAAAGGCAACCAUUGUUUACGCCACCCAUAUUUUUGAUGGUUUAGCCAAGUGGCCUACACAUUUGGUACACAUGUCUCAAGGAAAGAUCGUCGAUUCAGGCCCAGUAUCAAACUUUCCAGAAAUCCAAUCUGUUACCAAUACGGGAAACAGCGCCUUGUUAGAGACGUGUUUGACUUGGAUAAAAGAGGAUAUCAAGGUCCGUGGAUCUCGUGAAAACGAAAAGCGCAGCACCUGGCAAGAUGUACAGGAUACUUUCAAAACAGGCACAGACGUUUUUACUGAUUAUUUUAAAAUCUCUCGUGCAAGAUGA